AUGGCCUCUCUCGGUGGUAAACAACUAAACCAAUUUCGCGUUGUCGAUCUCAGAACAGAGCUGGAAAAAAGAGGGCUAGAUAAAUCUGGACUGAAGGGAGCGCUAGUUGAGCGACUUGAGAAAUCAUUGUUGGAUUACUCUGCAGAGUUAAACGGAUGUGUCUUCUCCACAGAGCAGGGUAACGAAGCGAAGAAGACGUCAGAAGCGGAAGCUACACAAACACCAAAUAGCAACCUGGAGACAAUUAAUAAGCAGUCGUUGCAAACGAAAACAGCAGGAAAACUGUUAGAACAGUCUAUCGAAAUCAAUACUGCAACUAAAGAAACUAAUUGCAAGGAAACCAUGACUGAAUUCAAUCCUGUACCUACAAGGUCGUCGAAAUUGGAAUACUCCAUCGCAGAAUUAAUAACAUCGAAGAUAGUUUAA